AUGUCUGUACAGAAGAGGCCUUUGCCCAUCGUGGCGAGCCAGCGGCCACUGAGCGGGCUCGCCGGUGGCGGCGCUGUGGUCAGUGGUGGUGACGGUCGGCAGGAGCAUCCCGCCGCACCCGCGCAUCGUGCGCCUGCUGGGCUCGCUGGUGCAGCGGGGCGGGGGCGGCGGGGGCGGUGGGGGCGGUGGGGGGGCGGCGGGGGCGGGGCGCCGUGCGUGCUGCUCGUGUCGGCGCGGCUCUCGCGCGACCUGCACGCGGCGGUGCGCGCCGGCCUCAGCUUCGAGUCCCGCAUGCGCAUCGCAAUAGACAUCGUGGACGGCAUCCGCUACCUGCACUCGCUGGGGCUGGUGCACCGCGACGUGAAGAUGAAGAACGUGCUGCUGGACGCGGCGGGGCGCGCGGCGCUCUCCGACCUGGGCUUCUGCGCGGCCGAGGCGCUCAUGUCGGGCUCCGUGGUGGGCACGCCCGUGCACAUGGCGCCCGAGCUGCUCGCCGGCGACUACGACGCCGCCGUCGACGUCUACGCCUUCGGCAUACUCUUCUGGUACGUGUGCGCUGGCAACAUCAAGUUGCCGGCCGCUUUCGAGGCCUUCCAGAACAAGGAGCAGUUGUGGAGUAAAGUGAAACGCGGGCUGCGGCCGGAGCGGCUGCCCCACUUCUCCGAGGAGUGCUGGCAGCUGAUGCAGGCCUGCUGGGCGGCGGAGCCCGCGCAGAGGGCGCUGCUGGGCGACGUGCGCCAGCGGCUGGAGCGGGUGCUGCAGCAGGCGACGGCCGCGCGCCACUCCGACCCUUGCGCCCAAGAGAAUACGGCCGAAGAUGGCCUGCAG